AUGUAUGGCCAUAGAUCACUUCCGUACAUCAUUGGAACCCCAGCCUUCAUGCAAGACGAUGAUGUCGGGCUGAUGGACUUAAGUGAAGAAGAAGUAGAAGAUGAUGACUCAAGUGUGGAAACUCUCAGUGACUCAGAGAAGUCGGAACUGUCAGAUUCUGAGUAUACUGACACAGAGACGGAGUCUGAGUUCACCGGGGGAAGGCAGAAGAUGACGGCUGAUACAACCGCAACAUCUACCAAUAGGAGCGAUUCUGAGGAGUCCGAUACCGGGCUGUUUGAUGACGACGAACCGUCGGACCAGGAGGCUGCAGCACAGCCGAUGAACUUCCAAGAUGAGUUGUCCACCAAGCUUGGAGGUGGUAUGCAAAGGGGUGCACCCAGCCAGGAACCGGGGGAGAUGACGGAUGAAUCUAACAGGAAUCGAUCCAUCUCAGAAGAUAGCAAAGCAUCAUCUCAGGAAAGCUCCAAGAAAGGAACGAGAAGAAAGAAACUUCCACUGGAUAGAGAGAAGAAGAGCAAAAAGAAGAGAUCGACAUCUAAGACUGAAGAUGAUAAUCUAUUUGGUGAGCAGCCUGGCCAAGAUGGCGAAGCAGAGGAUUCUCCGUUUGGAAGAAAAGGACUUUUCAGUAGUUCAGGAGGAGGACUCUUUGACGAUGACAAAGAAGAUGAUGGAGGUUUGUUUGAUGAGAAGCCGUCAGCUGUCAGGAGGGACGUUGCAACAGACCAUGUUUAUGAGGACAUAGUCGGUAAGUCAACCUUUAAGUUUGAUUUAUCCAUAAAUAAAAAUGCAACAGUGAAUGUGCUCCAUAUAAUACACAAUGACCCUGACAGACUACUUGCUAGGGUGUGCCAAGGUUUCUUCAGCGCCCACAGAUAUUACUAUAUGUGGGACUGA